CCAGCUUCCUUGCUCAGUAAAAAAACAUGACUGUCAGGUUAAUUGGUCUAAAUUCUCCUUAGGAAAAUUUAGACCAAUAUAGUUACCCUUCUUUUCAAUAACAGUUAUAAGCACACCUAUAACUUAGGUGUGUGUGUAUGUGCCCUGCAAUGGACUGUGACCUGUCCAGGUUGUACCUUACCUCUUGCCCGAAAUGUUCGCUGGAGAUAGGCACCAGCACACCUCCUGACCCCACUACGGACAAGGGUGUACAGAAGAUGGAUGGAUGGAUGAUUUUUAUGCAGGACAUGCUCCAUCACAUGCAUCACAGUACUCCACUAUGUGUCUGGCCAGUAAAGGCCUUAAAGGUGAAAAAACAAUGAAGUGGCCCCCUUCCUCACCAGCCCUAAACCCCAUUGAGAACUUGUGGGCUCUUAAACAGUUCACAUCUCUGAACAGUGUCUGGGAGGCUGUGGUUGCUGCUGCACAAAAAGUUGAUCGUCAACAGAUCAAGAAACUGGCAGACUCCAUGAGUGGAAGGCUUAUGACUGUUAUUGAAAAGAAGGGUGGCUAUAUUGGUCACUGAUUUCUUUUUUAAAUGUGAGAAAUGUUUGUCAAUUUUGAGUUGUAUAUUUGUUACGGAGCCCCUAAGGGGACAUGGAGGGCAAAAAAAGGAAAGAAAUCCCGACUUAUUAUCUCGAGAUCCCGACAUCAGUACAUAACGACCUAAUCACAGUGAUGGAGGACACCCACCCAUGGGGUAGAUAUAUAGAUUUUUAUUUCGAGCUUGGGCUUGAGUAUAAACACAUUAAAUCAGUGCUUGACAGCAGACAUGGAUUUUGUCUGCUGUCAAUAUUCAAUUGACAUGUCAAUGACAUGUUAGAAGAUGUCAUUGACAGACUGAAUGUGGAUUUCUAUCCAACAAAAUUGAAACUCAGUACUAUGACUGCUGUCGACACAAUUAUUUCCAGCAAGAGUGUUCAUGGUCUACAAGUUCGAGGACUUAACUCAGAGAGUUACAUCCAACUGCCCCAAGCUUACAGCAGAGACUUCAUCCCAGUAGACAAGUCUUAUGUCCCAACAAAAGAAACUGCAUUGAUGUGGCCUCAUCUCAGAAGCUUGGCAGAUAAGUUACCACCCAUUCAAGACUGUGAUGUAGGGCUUCUCAUUGGAUAUGACUGUCCAGCUGCCAUAGCUCCACUAGAAGUCAUAACAGGUGACAAAAACCAACACUUUGCACAAAGAUCAGAACUAGGAUGGAGUAUAAUAGGCUCAUCAAACCCCCACAGACAAGGAAGUCAAAGCUUUGUGCAUGGGCUCACAGUAAAGGAGCUAGCAAUCACAUCGACGACUGACAUUUUAAAGGUCUUAGAAUCGGAUUUCAUGGAGAGAAGCUAUGAAGAUAAAUAUGUGUCUCAAGAUGAUAUUAAUUUUAUAGUUUCUCAGUAACAACAUCACACAAAGAUGACGGGCAUUACGAAAUGCCUCUCCCUUUCAAAGGCAGCAGUCUGCCUAACCUACCAAACAACAAAAGACUAGCCCAAGUUCGCCUGCAGUGUCUUAAGAGGAAAUUAAGGGCCAACAAACAAUACUACGAGCAAUACAAAACAUUCAUGGAAGAAACCAUAAAUAAGGGUGAUGCAGAKCCUGCCCCUUCAACAUCUGAGGGAGAAACAGAGUGGUACCUUCCACAUCAUGGCAUCUACCAUCCCAGGAAGCCAGAUAAGCUGAGUUGUUUUUGACUGUUCAGCCAAAUUCCAUGGUGUUUCGCUUAAUGACACCAUGAUUUAAUCAAUCAUGGGCCUGAUUUAAUCAAUCCUUUGUUAGGAGUGAUAUGUCGCUUCAGGAAAGAGACCAUAGCAAUAAUUUGUGACAUAGAAAGGAUGUUUUACCAAUUUUCUGUCACUCCUGAAUCCAGAAAUUAUCUUAAAUUCCUCUGGUGGAAAGGAGGAAAUUUGGAGAAAGAACCACAGGGGUACAGGAUGGCAGUUCAUCUCUUUGGAGCUGCUUCAUCUCCAGGAUGUGCCAAUUUUGGGCUAAAGCAUCUAGCACAGCAGCACAAGACUAACUAUCCUCAAGCAGCCACAUUUAUUGAGAAAAACUUUUAUGUGGAUGACGGCUUAGUUAGUGUACCAUCAGUAGAGGAAGCCAAGAAACUAAUCAUUGAGUCACAAGAGUUGUGUAAAAAGGGAGGCUUACGGCUUCACAAAUUCAAAUCAAACAAGGAAGCUGCUCUCGCCUGCUUGGGUCCUUCAGACGUAACAACAGCCAUCAAGCCCCAUGGUUUGGAUCCAGCCUCCUCGGAGCGUGCACUUGGCAUUCAAUGGUUGACAAAAAAUGACACCUUCAUUUUUAACAUCGCCUUAAAGGAUCAACCUUCUACCCGUCGCAGCUGCUUGUCAAUCAUUGCUUCACUUUAUGAUCCUCUUGGAUUCAUUGCUCCAUUCACCCUUAGUGGAAAACUUAUUCUUCAAGAGCUUUGUCACAGAGGCAUAGGGUGGGACGAUUCUCUCCCAGAAGAUAUAAAGCCACGGUGGGAGAAAUGGAUAAAUGAUCUGCAGAGACUGAAAGAGAUCUCAAUUCCGAGAUGUUAUCAUCCUGCUGACUUCCACAAUGUUGUCCGAGUAGAGCUGCACCAUUUUUCAGAYGCCAGUUGUGUAGGAUAUKGUGCAUGUUCUUACCUGAGGUACAUAAAUGACAAGGGUGAAGUCCACUGCAGUCUYGUGAUAGCAAAGGCAAGAGUUGCUCCUUCAAAGAUCACAAGUAUCCCAAGAUUAGAACUUGCAGCAGCAGUGGUUUCUACAAAAGUCAGUGUUAUGCUAAGAUGUGAACUUGAUAUGAAGAUUGAUCAAGAAUAUUUCUGGACUGACUCACAAGUUGUACUAGGGUACAUCAAUAAUUAUGCUCGCAGGUUCCACAUAUUUGUUACCAACCGUGUUCAACUGAUUAGAGAUAACAGUAAUCCUAAUCAGUGGCAUUAUGUUGAAACCUCAGAAAAUCCAGCCGAUUAUGCAUCCAGAGGUCUAUGCGCUUCUGAUAUUCAUUCAACAAACUGGUUGCAAGGACCAAAAUUUCUUUGGCAGCAUGAGUUACACUUAACACUCAACACUCCAACAGAAUUGCUUGUCGGUGAUCUUGAAGUAAAGACAAUUCAGGUACUUGUAACUGAAGUCAAAAGCAGUAAUGACAUCCUCGAAUGCCUGAAUCGGUUUUCCUCUUGGACAACACUUCUGAAGGUGAUUGCAAGAAUCAAAAGACUAGGCUCAAAGCAACAAAAUAGCGAACAUGUGACUGUUGAAGAAGUACAAAGAGCAGCUGAAACUGUGAUUAAGAUUGUUCAACAACAAACCUUCCCAAAUGAGAUAAAGAUACUAGAAGGUGAAAAGAAACUUCCAAACACCAGCACCCUUUUUAGACUUGAUCCCAUCUGGUCUGAAGAGCUUCUCCGCGUGGGAGGGAGAUUGAAGCAGUCAUAUUUCUGUUUUAAAGUCAAACACCCAGUAAUGCUACCAAAUAACAGUCAUAUUACUAACCUGAUUGUGUCACACUACCAUGCUCAGACAUGCCAUCAGGGUCGAGGCCAGACACAAAUGGAAUUCAGGACCAAUGGAUUCUGGAUCAUUGGUGGGAGCAAGUUGGUAGCCAAGCUGAUACGCGAUUGUGUGUUUUGCAGAAAACUUAGGCGGCCAACGGAAAAGCAGAGAAUGGCKGACCUUCCURAAGAAYGUGUUGAAUCCUCUGCACCCUUCACAUAUAGUGGCAUGGACUGUUUUGGCCCUUUCAUUGUGAAGAAAGCCCGCAAAGAGUACAAAAGAUAUGGCCUAAUUUUCACAUGUCUCUACUCUAGAGCUGUCCAUAUCGAAAUGCUCGAAGAUUUGCCAUCUGACUCAUUCAUAAAUGCACUGAGAUGCUUUAUUAGUAUUAGAGGAGCUGUAAGACAACUGUACUGUGAUCAAGGCACUAAUUUUGUUGGUGCCAGGAACGAGUUCACACAAGCACUGAAACAAUGUGACACUAAGUUUUUAGAAGUUUUCUUGGCGGAUAAACAGUGUGAAUUUGUUUUCAAUUCCCCCUCUGCCAGUCAUGCAGGUGGUGUAUGGGAAAGGCAAAUAAGAACCAUCAGAAAUGUAUUGAAUGCUACCUUCGCACAGUGCUCAGGCCGACUUGAUGACGCAUCCCUCAGUAUAUUGUUAUAUGAAGCCAUGGCUAUUGUCAAUAGCCGCCCAUUAACAGUGAAUGGAAUCAAUGAUCCUCAAGCAUUGGAGCCCAUAACACCAAAUCAUCUCAUUAUGAUGAAAUCUAAGGUUGCUCUCCCUCCCCCUGGAGUGUUUGUCAAAGAGGACCUAUAUAUGCCACAAAGAGGUGGAGGAGAGUGCAGUAUCUCAUUGAACAAUUCUGGAGUCGCUGGAAAAAGGAAUAUUUGAUGAACAUUUCCAUGAGACAGAAAUGGCACUCAACUCAACGCAAUCUCAAGAAGGAGGACAUUGUCAUUAUCAAAGACGAUAACCUUCCAAGAAAUCAGUGGCAACUAGGAUGAGUGGUUGACACUGUUCAAGGCAGUGAUGGAUGGGUCCGUCGAGCCAAAGUUCAAGUCGGUGAACGAAAGUCAAAUUCUUCUAAACCUUCAAUUAUUGAGAGGCCAAUUCAGAAUUUAGUUCUUUUGGAAAAUUAAUGAGAAAAGAUGAACAACUUUUGUACAGAUUAUUUAUUUCAUGGUAAUUUUAUGCAAACAUAUUUAGUCUACAUUAUUUAGUAGAGUUAAAAAAAUCCUGUUCAAUUCAUUUACUGUUUAUGUAUUACUUUUUUCAUUCAUUGUAACAGGAUUUGGUGGGAGUGUAAAUAACAGCUUAAUUGGAAAAUUCCCCUUGUUCAUUGGGCCAACAGUGACUCCUAGUGGUUAAUUUAUGCAUUAAUUUUAAAGAACGGUAGAUUUUUUUCUUUGUUUUUUCUGUGGUUACCUAGCAACACCCUGCGAGAUGAGACAACGGUACAUUAUAAAGAAACCCGGAGAAAAUCUUUAAAAUAGUGCCCUCAGAAAGCAGAAUGAGGUAUAGAUAUAUGUAAUUGUGAUUUGUAAUAAGAAAUGUUAUAGCUUUAUUUAAGAAACAGUCGCGGUUUAUAAACGAAACUGUAUAUUGACGAGUUAAAGGACAUAACGUAUUCUUUUUUGUGCAUAACUGAAUAUUGAUAUGUUGGUUUUAUACAACGGUUCUGUAUUCUUUUGUUUUAUACUACAGUUUUCACUGUGUCAAUGGAAAGAAAGGUUGAGAUUA